AAAAGUUUAAAUUCUCCUUUCAAGAAUGGAUCAAGUUCAAGCAGUUGAAAAUUAUCGGAAACUCCAAAAUUAUUUUGUGGAAACUCUCAAAUUUUUCAAUUUGGAUUAUUUCAAUCGUUCCAAAAGAUUUCGUUUGAGAAAUCUAUUCUUUAUCAUUGUGCUGAUGAUAAGUUAUUAUUUUAACAUAGACAAUGUUAUAAAGACCUUCAGUGAUAAAAUAAAAAUGGUGUGGACAUACAAUUUAUGUUGGUUCAUCGUUCAUUUUAUGGUACUCGCGAAAACUUUUACAUUCGUCUACAAUAAAAGGCAAUAUUUGGCACUUCUUGAGGAAAUUGGUGAGCUCUAUUCGGCAAAGUACAGCAAUCUUGUAUUGAUGGUUCAGCAGAAUAAUUUAAAGGCAAACUUUCGACUUACAAUUGCUGGUCUUGUAGCAUACGCUACUUCAUUAUUUGUGGGAGAAUUUGUAGCCUUAUCCUACUACAUCAACAUCCCAGGAGUAUGCUAUCCUGUACUGUACCACUUGCCAUUGUACCCAGAUCGUCCUCUUCUUCACUACACCCUCAAUAUGAUCAUUCAAUUCAUAAUUUAUUUCAUUGUGAUUUCCAUAUUAUGCUUUGGCGAUCAUUUUGUCAUCUUCUUUGGCCUCCAUUUCCGUUGUGAACUUAAAACAAUCUCAGAACUAACACAGAUUUAUCUAAAUGACAGCACCGUCGUGGCAACUGAAAAAUAUUUGCUGAAAGAGAUUUACAAAAAGCAUCUAAAAGUCCUUAAAAUGCUCAAAAUUUUGGAUGAUAUUUAUCGAAUUUUUUCCUUUAAUCAAAUCCUUUCGAGUUUCAUUUGUCUCUGCUUUGUCUUCUACGGAAGUCUUGUUCAGGAUUCUUUUGAGUGGACAUUUUACUUUUUCAUUGUACUCACUGCUGCUGAACUAUUUAUUUACUGUCUCUUUGGGGAGACUCUCGUGGCAAAUACAGAGCAAAUUGGCACGUCGAUUUACCUGACAAAAUGGUACGAAAUGUCCGUUGAAGAUCAACGGAAUCUCCUCUUUAUAAUGCGAAUUGCUCAGAAACCACGCGGAAUUAAGGCAGCAGGUCUCAUUCAUGUUAAUUUCACAACCUUUGUUGAGAUUUUAAAAGGAGCAGCAUCGUACUGUCUUAUUCUCUACAGCUUAACCACCUAAACUAAAAGAUAUAUUAUUU